AUGCAGAAAGCGGCUGAAGCUGUGAGCCGUCUGGCGGCCAACCUCACCGGCGCGGGAGUGGUGGUGGGCGGGGGCUGGCGCGGCGCGCUCACCGCGCUGCUCGAGGCUAACGGCGCGCUGCCGGCGCCGCUGCGGCCGCCGAGCACGCCGCUUGAUUACCUGGCGGGUGCCGGGGGGUUCAGGGAGGCUUACAGCCAGGCCGGAUGCACUCCGUCAAGACAUAUAGUAAUGUGCACCACGUCAAUCCUCGAGCAGAAUAAAUGUGAAUGGCUGAGCGAAGCCGCUGCGGUAUACGGAGUGGAGCCUGCGGUUCAGUGCUUGAGGAAAGAUGACCAAGCGGCCUGUAUGCAGGCGGUUAAGAAUGGGAGCUGUGAUGUCACGGUCGCUAGUGGAGACUGGCUGGUUAGAGCAGAGAGAGACAUGUCCCUCAUACCGAUCCUUCACGAAACGACGCCUAUCAUCAACCAAAGCACCACAGUCGUAGCCUACGUCCGCGAGGACGCGAAACUAUUCAAGAUGGCCGACUUGAAGGGAACGCGCGCUGCUUUCCCGCGCUUCGACGGUCUGGCUUGGCAUUCCGUUCUACGCUACCUUGCGAAUAUAGAAAAAAAUACUUGUAAAGAUAUCUUGAAUGGAUUUUUUAAAAGUAUUUGUGCGCCGGGUGUAGAUGAAUAUGUAAAAGAUAGUAAGAUGUGGAUAGAGGGGUGCGUUGUGGAGGAGGGGAAGGUGGUAGAGGGAGAGUGGGGGGCGCUGAGGUCGCUAGUGGAGGGGAAGAGUGACGUCGCGUUUUUAAGCAUGGCUACCUAUAACCAAUAUGUUGCCAAACAAAUUCCUGAACCUUGGGUCAAAGACGUCAAAAUCAAACCCAUUUGCGCCGAGGACAACGAGAAAUACUGCUUCAUAUCCUGGUCCAAUAUCGGCCAUGUUUUCGCCAAAAAUACCACAGCGAUGCGCCGCCAAGAAAUCAUAAACGUUAUGACGAAAUUGGACCAAUUAUUUGGCAAACAUAACCCGAAUCAAGCGUCAGCAGUCAUGUUUUCUCUCUACGGGCCUUACAAUCAUCAGAAUAAUAUUCUAUUCCAUGAUAAUACUAAGGCAUUGUCAACAAGCGAUGUUUUACGAACGCAUCCGUUCGAUAAAGUGCCGCUGAAUUUUGAACGCAGCUUAAAGGAUAUUGACAGCUGUCAUGUGUCAGAUUUGACAGGUGCCGCGGGUAGUGUUGUGCCGAAGUUAAUGUUGAUUGUGUCGAUGGUCUGCGUGUUGUUUUUGUAAGAACUGAAUGUACAGCAUGGCAAAAAAGAGUAGAAAGUGUCGUCCCGUUUCCUUAUAUAUAUUGGUUUGAAAAGGAUGGCACUACAGUGUUGCCACAUUUUAAUUUCUACUCUUUUUUGCCAAGCUGUAUGUGAAAUUGUGUUAGAUUUAUAAGAUAUAGCCGGUCAAACAAGUUUGUCAGUAGAAAAAGGCGCGCAAUUAAAAUUUUCUAUGGGACGAUAACUCUUUGCGCCUACAUUUUUUUAAAUUUGCCGCUUGUUUCUACUGACGGAAAUGGCUUGACAUAUAGAAAUGUUUACCGAUAAAGUAGCGGAUUUGGAAUAUACAAAUAUAUGAUGAAUCAUAUGUAGUGAAAAUAAUAAAAACAGUUAAAUACA